GCUACACUGAGUACUCCGGAGUGAGAGAACUGGGAAAGCAAGCACAAAUCUCUGCGGUGCAGAGCUGGAAAGCUGCUCUCCAUGCGAAAAACAGACAUAUUGGUCUUGCUCUCUCUGAACAACGCUUCUUUGCCAAUACGGACAUACAACUCAAAACUGCUGCGAACGGGACGGGAGCCCAUCGACGGCACUCGGUAUUACAUUUAAUUUAUGUUUUCAUCUUCCUUUUUGGCGUUAAUUUUGUGAUGGGACUGGUUCCGUACUUCUGCACUAUAUAGACAUACUCCUACCUCCUCCCUCGGCUUUUUUUUUAAACUGAGUUGAACUGUCCAAGACGCCUGUAUGACGCAUAUCCCGCUCUCGUUUGCUGUACACUAGACAGAAAGUUGUCCUUUUCGCUCUCUGAGAUUUUUAAACCCGCCGAGCGGUGUUGCAUGCCACAGCAUUCACUUUUUGUCGCGGUGGAGGACUACGAGAGACUCGUGCAUGAAACUAUAGAGGGGGAAGGAAAAAAAAGUCGAUUUUUGCGACGCUGGCAAACUCUUUCACCUAUCUGCAGAACAGAGACACAAUGAGCGCUGAGCUUGCCAUUGGACAGGAGCUGCCCACCAGUCCUCUCGCAAUGGAAUAUGUCAAUGACUUUGAUCUGAUGAAGUUCGACGUGAAGAAGGAGGCCCUGGCGGGACUUGAGCGCGCUAACAUUCGGCAGUGCAACCGACUCCAACCCCAGGGCUCGGUCUCGUCCACCCCCAUCAGCACGCCGUGCAGCUCGGUACCCUCCUCGCCGAGCUUCAGCCCCACGGAACAGAAGAACCACCUGGAGGAGCUCUACUGGAUGCCUAGCGGCGGCUACCCUCAGCAGAUCGAUCCCCAGACACUGAGCUUGACACCGGAGGACGCAGUCGAAGCCCUCAUAGGCGCCACGGGCCACGGGCACCCACCACCUCCCCACGUUCAGCAGCAGCUUCAGCAAGGCGGCUACGAGGGCUACAGGGGAGCCCAUCACCACCACAACCACGGCCAUCAUCACCAGUACCCAGGAAUUGUCCAUCAUCCCGAUGACCUGCCGGGUCACCCGGGGGCACACAACCACGCACACAGCCAGCAUCAUCAUCACCACAGCCAGGACCCCGACAGCCCCUCUCCUACCUCGCCUGGGUCACACCAGCAGCUUCACCACCGUCACCACCACCAUCAUCACCCGCACGCCCACCAAGGCCAGCCUGGUCACCACGGCUCGGGCGGCCUAAACGUGGAGGACCGUUUCUCCGACGACCAGCUGGUGUCCAUGUCGGUGCGUGAGCUCAACCGGCACCUGAGGGGCUUCAGCAAGGACGAGGUUAUCCGUCUGAAGCAGAAACGGCGGACCCUCAAGAACCGGGGUUACGCGCAGUCGUGUCGUUACAAGCGGGUGCAGCAGAAGCACGUUCUGGAGAACGAGAAGACUCAGCUCAUGAAUCAGGUGGAGCAACUCAAACAAGAAAUCAACCGGCUGGCCCGCGAGAGAGACGCAUACAAACUGAAGUGCGAGAAACUUACUGGCGCGAACGGGUUCCGUGAGGCUGGCUCCACGAGCGACAACCCGUCCUCGCCAGAGUUUUUCAUGUGAGUCAUUCUGGUGUCUGGCCCUGAUGCUGAAGAAAUGUCGUAGUAAUCAACAUUAUUGAUUAUGAUUAUACUAAUAACAACAUCUGUAUCCAUGUUAGAAGAAUAAUCCACAGAAUAAUAAUCGCAUAUGUAUUCAUCUCCAUCCACUUGGCAACUGAGAUACAAAGAACCAGAUAGAAUGUUUAUCAGACGUGCAGCAUCUUUGUAGAUUAGUUGCUUGUAGAGAAGAGACUUUUUUCCUUUCUGAGAAAAGAAAAAAAUAACUUUCUUCAUACCAGUACCGCUUUUCUCUUGUUAGUAUUGGAUGACGUUGGACGAGUUGUUCUUACAGUGAUUUUGUCCUCGAUUGUUCCGGUAAACAUCUUAAGAAACAAUAGCUGUGCUAAGAGGAGACUUACUGCUUCGGACCUGAACACUUCUCUUGGCCGCAAAAUCUGAAAGAAUCGAAACAAAAUAUGCAAACUUUUACGUGGUGUUACCCGCCUGCAACCUAAAACAGUCUUAACAGGGGGACAUUUUAUGCAACAUCUCAUUGGUUUAUUGCCUGCUUGGUUAUAUAUAAAUAUAUAUUAAAAAUCUGCAUUAAAUAUUAAUCCUGCAUGCUGGACAUGUAUGGUAAUAAUUUCUAUUUUGUACUUUCUUUCUCUUGUGUAUCUUAAAUAGCAUGAUGUUGAUCUGAGCUUCUCCAUAGCAGUUUUUUUCUGGGCGUUAGAAUUGAAAUGGUGACCACACCAAGAAGACUGCCUGUGCAGUGUAACAUUGUUUGGGUUUAUUUUGGCUUGUAAAUACAUGCAACAGCAAACUGCACACCAACAUUUAGGAGGAUGGUUUCAACUUUUUUCAUUGUUUCAUUUGGGUAUCGACUUUCAGAAAUAUGGGCAUUGGCAGUUGCAUUUAAAGUCAACAAACUUUGUAUAUUAAGUGCACUUUUUGAAUAAUGAUUUUGGUAUUGGCCGUUUUCAUUUUGAGUUUUUUGCAGACCGCCUUCAAGGAAGACAUAGGCCUACUUAAAUGAUAGAUUGUUGCAUUGCAUUGAACUAACACGCAAUUGACGAUUUGAUCACCUUGUGCGUAAUAGGCUAACCAUGCAGCGCAGGACACUUGCUUCAAGUACGGUCACACUCGGGGCAGCCCCCCGCAUAGCUGAUAACUUUGUCUCGCCAUUUUGAGGGAGCUGUGCUGUCACAUACGUUAGAUGGCUUUUAAAUUGGGUCGGUGCUUUUGGCACCGUGUCUGCUGCCGAGGUGCUUCCGAUGCUGUUCUGGCAUCUAUUGCAUAACCCAUCCCUAUUAUAUAAUGCGAACAAAACCUACAAGUCAUAAUAUUUUUACAACUUUAUGAAUAGGAUUUUGAACGGGUAGUGUACUCCAUUAACCCUUUGGCCAGUUUAAUCAAGCGUAAAUAAAAGGCUGAAAUUGUGAUGGCCUUUUAGUCAUGGUCUAAAGAAUACUCAAAUCUGCGCAUGCUAACAUUUUAAUGAUCAAUGUUAUAUGUUUUCCUGUAUUUUUUUCUGCCGGUCAGUAAAAAAAAAGGAUACAGGUUUUGCAAAAUCUCAAAAUGAAAAUGAUAUGUAUGUCAUAUGUUAUUUUUUAUAUUUCGUUUGUGUUUAUUAUUAUUUGGAGAUUCUGGUUCUAAGUUUUUAUUUUUAAUGAUUUAAAUUAACAAACUGUCAGAUCAUAUUGAAUAAGCAUGGUGCUUGCAUUUAAAAUUUAUUGUUGAAAAGUCAUACAUUUAACAAUCUUUGGUUUGUUACUGAUUCAACUGUGUUGAAAUCAAAUUUUAAAAACUGCAGCAGCGGGUUGUUGUUCUGUUUUUUAAUUUCAUGUAUUAUGUCAGGGGAUCAAUUUUCAAUCCUGUUUAUAGAAAUGAGAAAAAGUUAACAUUUGGACUGUUGUAGUUCCAUUCAGGCUGGUUUCUGUUUCGUCUUAUUUUUGUUGUUUUUGGAAAAAAUGGUUUCCUAUUUUGCUUAUUAAAGUCAUUGAAAUGGCAUCAUUUUGUUCUCUUUUGUUUGUUUAUGCGUCCUUUGCCUCAAGCAUCCAUCACUAGUUUUGUAGGUUAAGCAACAUGUUAAUGCGCUCGCCUAAGAUGCACUGCUUGUCUCUGCUGGAAAGCUUGGUUAUAGAGCAUACGUGCAGUAUAGACACGAACUAUUAAUGCAGCAGGCCUAGAAAAUAUUUAUCUGAAAGCAGCGUUUCAAAGACUGAGACUCAAAAAUAGCGUUGCACUCACAGCUGGGCCUUGGCAGUUGCAUGUGUACCUCCUGACAUAUAA